GGGUUUUAGGCUGGGUUUCUGUAUGGUACUUUGUGACAUCUGCUGAUGUAAAAAGGGCUUUAUAAAUAAAUAUGAUUGAAUCUUGGAGAGCCUCCUGGAUGUACUCCUCCAUAGCCUUGGCUACAGCCACCAGAGUCUGUUAGCAGGUCGAUGGCACAGUCCCAGGGAUGAUGAGGAGCGAGACAGGUGGCACGGGUCUUGGAGAAAACCACAGGACUUUCAACCGACAUGGAACCACAGGGUAAGGGAAAGCAGGUCUUCCAAUAUCCGGGUAUGAUCUCCAUCCUCGACCAGGAGAUGGUGGGGUCAUGGCGUUGGAGCCACGGGAGGCCAACUUUGUGUACAGGUGCCUGGAUGAUGAGGAAGGGGAGGUUUUCUUGGUGCAGGGGUCCCACAGUGAUGGUGAGUUGUGCUGUGAUGUGUGUGAUUGUCCCAGAUCCCAGUAGUCUGUAAGUCCAGUGCUUGAACUGAAAAUGGAGAGGAGAGCGUGUAUGAUGUUAUAUCCAUACAUGUCAUCCUGCUAACUGCUAAAUGGACACCCAUGUUCUGGAAAAGACCAUAACAACAGUACAUAGUAGGCCAUAACACAUUUACAGGAAUAACCAGUCGUGUCCAAGCCCAGACAGGUGCAUGUCUAAUGGUGUCUAAUGACCCAGAGCACAAAUAGAGUGCACUAGUUUUGCUGGCUCCUUCUGAAAUAAAUAAUUGCCACAUAUGUACUGGAAAAUUCCCAACAGGACAAACUGGCAUCGCUGAUCUGGGCAGACUGCUGAAAUGGCGGCUCUCUGGGUUGACUCAUGGUAGAAGUUCCCCCGCUCUUUGGGAGUGACACCCUUUGAGGAAGAUCUAGACAUUGAAGAUCACGGAGGACCUCAUCCAUAACCGUCCCCAGCUACCGUCCCUCAGUUCACUAACUCUCCUACCAUGAUUGUGAUGGUGGGCCUGCCUGCUAGAGGGAAGACCUACAUCUCCAAAAAGUUAACCAGAUACCUCAACUGGAUAGGAGUUCCCACUAAAGUCUUUAAUGUAGGUCAAUACCGGCGGGAUGCGACCCAGUCCUAUAAGAGCUAUGAGUUCUUUAGACCUGACAACCAAGAGGCCAUGAAGAUACGCAAGGCCUGUGCCAUUGCGGCUCUGAAGGAUGUGUGUGCCUACUUCAUGCAGGAACAAGGACAGGUGGCAGUGUUUGAUGCCACCAACACCACUAUAGAACGUAGAGAAGUCAUUCUCAGCUUCGCCAAGGAGAACGGAUACAAGGUCUUCUUCAUAGAGUCGUUGUGUGACGACCCAGAGAUCAUUGCUGAGAAUAUCAAACAAGUGAAGCUGAGCAGUCCAGACUACGCGGGUUGUGAUAAAGAGGAUGCGGUCGCUGACUUCCUCAAGAGGAUUGAGUGUUACAAAGUUACAUACAUAUCCCUGAACGAUGAGAAGGACAGGAGUCUGUCAUAUAUAAAGAUCUUUAAUGUUGGCAGCAGGUAUCUGGUGAACCGUGUGCAGGACCACAUCCAGAGUCGUAUUGUUUAUUACCUGAUGAACAUACAUGUAGCGCCGCGGUUCAUCUACCUGACCCGCCACGGAGAGAGUGAACUCAACCUUGUGGGACGCAUUGGAGGAGACUCUGGCCUGUCCCCACGCGGUAACAAGUUUGCCAGUGCUCUAGGAGGGUACAUACGUAGCCAGUGUAUCAGAGAUUUGAAGGUAUGGACCAGCCACAUGAAGAGAACCAUCCAGACAGCUGAGGGUCUGGGAGUCCCCUACGAACAGUGGAAGGCCCUCAACGAGAUAGAUGCAGGUGUGUGUGAGGAGAUGACCUAUGAGGAGAUCCAAGACCACUACCCAGAAGAGUUUGCACUGAGAGACCAAAACAAGUACCGUUACCGCUACCCCAAGGGAGAGUCGUAUGAGGACCUGGUGCAACGUCUGGAGCCGGUGAUCAUGGAACUAGAGAGACAGGAGAAUGUUCUGGUGGUGUGCCACCAGGCUGUCAUGCGCUGUCUGCUAGCUUACUUCCUUGAUAAGAGUGCAGCGGAGUUGCCAUAUCUGAAGUGUCCUCUCCACACGGUGCUAAAACUCACCCCAGUUGCUUACGGUUGUAAGGUUGAGUCCAUCUUCCUCAACAUUGAAGCAGUCAACACACACAGAGACAAACCAGUGAAUGUUGACGUGGACAGAGAACCAGAGGAGGCACUACUGACAGUCCCAGACCACAUAUAGAGGAGGAGAGGAGAGGAUGAGAGAGGGUCGACUGAUGGUACCAGACGACAUCUGGAGGAGGAGAGGAGAGCUACGAUAUUGCGACACAAUACAGGGAGAACCAAUGAAGAGACACCAUUGCCGUAGAGACUGAAGUGAAGCAAUUAAGAGAGACUGGACAACAUGAUCCUAACAUGUGUUAGGGCAAAAAACAAAAUGUGCACCCCUUGGGGUCCUGAGGACCAAGUUUGGGAAACGCUGAUGUAGUCUAUCAGGAUAAUCUAGUCUGUCUAUGUGUUAGGAUCGUGUAGUCUGCAUGUGUGUUAGAUUCAUCUAGUCUAACCAUCAUCAUCAUACACUGGUUUAAUUCUGCGCUCUGGUCUGGUCCAUAUUUCCAUGCGUGUCCGUGUGUGUUGUUAGCAUGUAGUGUGUGUUGUUUGCAAGUGGUGUGUCAUGUAAAAGGUGUGACUGAUUGAGGCUGGGAUUCAUUCUGAGG